GACGUUGACCCUGGCCGUGGGUCACAUUUUGCCGGUCCUUAUCGCGUUUGGAGAUCUUUCCGAUAGGUCUCAUGCGCUUCUCUCUCACAACUACAUUAUUACUCCAGUUCCACGCGUUUUCCACAGAGCCUCUAAAAUAUCAACGAUAUUUUAAUACACUGGUACACUAGGGAAUAUCCAUUUCUCUGCAUAAGCGAUCUCAGUCCCGCCCGUUGACUUCAAUUCUUAUGCUUUCCAUUGCAGCAGUGGCAAGCAGACAAAGAUGCACUGCCUCAAUUUUGUUCCCAGAUCUUAUGGAUGGUCACUGCAAGUAUUGAAUGGCAAUGGCAGAAUAUUUUCAGGCACUGAUAUGGUUGCUCUUAGGACAAGAGUGUCUCGCGUGGGGGCAUCCGUAAAGGGCCAGGGGUAUUCUGAAAACACUGCUCAAACAACUGUUUCCAUUGAAUCUAUGGAAAAGUCGGAGAAGUCUGAGAUAUAUAGUUCAAAUAUGACCCAAGCGAUGGGUGCUGUGUUGACAUAUCGGCAUGAGCUAGGAAUGAACUACAACUUCAUUCUCCCAGAUAUAAUUGUUGGAUCUUGCCUACAGACCCCUGGGGACGUUGAUAAGCUUCGGGAGAUUGGUGUGAAAACCAUAUUUUGCUUGCAACAAGAUUCUGACCUUGAAUACUUCGGACUUGACAUCAAAGCGAUCCAAGAAUAUGCAAAACAAUAUGAUGAUAUUCAUCACUAUCGUGCUGAGAUAAGGGACUUUGAUGCGUUUGACUUGCGAAUGAGGCUUCCAGAAGUUGUGAACAAGUUGUAUAAGGCCAUGAACAGCAAUGGGGGUGUCACAUAUGUGCAUUGCACAGCGGGGCUUGGAAGAGCUCCUGCUGUAACGUUGGCAUACAUGUUUUGGGUUCAAGGUUACAAGCUCGGUGAAGCAAAUAGGCUUCUACAGAGUUCACGCCCAUGCUUCCCAAAAUUGGAUGCUAUAAAGAGUGCAACUGCUGAUAUCCUUACAGGUCGAGCCAAGAAACUAGUCACUUUGAAAUGGGAAGGAGCCAACUAUUCUUCCGUGGAAAUUUCUGGAUUAGAUAUUGGAUGGGGGCAGAAAAUCCCCUUGACACUUGAUGAGGAGCAGGGUUCUUGGAUUCUUCAUAGAGAAUUGCCAGAAGGCCAUUAUGAAUACAAGUACAUCAUUGAUGGUAAAUGGACCUGCAACCCUGAUGAUCUAGUAACCAAACCAAACAGGGACGGCCAUGUAAACAAUUAUAUUGAUGUCUGUGAUGAUGGUUUGGAUGAUGCAACUAGGGAGCUACGAAAGCGACUGAUGGAUGACAAUGUUGAUCUCACAAAAGAGGAGCGACUUCUCAUAAGAGAAUUUCUGGAAGCAUAUAAUGAUGAUGCUUAGUGGAGAUGGUAUGUAACCCUAGCCAUCGGGCCCAUGGGCAAUUUGCUCUAUGUGAGAUAAUCUGAUGUUCAAUGGUAGCAGAAUAAAUAAAAGUAGUUCUCAUUCUUAGUGCUUU